AUGGAGCAAAGGAACAACGUGACUGAGUUUGUGCUCUUGGGGCUCACUCAGAGCCUCCAGGGCCAGAAAAUACUAUUUUUUGUGUUCUUGCUGAUCUAUGUGGUGACCAUGGCAGGAAACCUACUCAUUGUCGUCACUGUGGUGCUCAGCCCUGCCUUGGAUGCCCCAAUGUUCUUCUUUCUUGGUUACUUAUCAUUUAUGGAUGUUGCUUAUUCUAACACAGCUACCCCAAACUUGCUGGUAGACUUGCUCCAUGUGAAGAAAACAAUUUCCUUCCAAGCUUGUAUGGUUCAGCUUUUUUUAGAACACUUUUUUGGUGGGGCUGAGAUAAUACUUUUGGUGGUCAUGGCCUAUGACCGCUAUGUGGCCAUCUGUAAACCCCUUCAUUAUCUGACCAUUAUGAACCAUAGGAUGUGUUUGCUGCUGUUGUUGUUUGCCUGGGUUGGCGGUUUUGUGCAUGCUAUAUUACACAUCCUUUCUGUUUACAACCUUCCCUUCUGUGGUUCCAAUGUCAUCAAUCACUUCAUCUGUGACAUGUACCCUUUAUUAAAUCUUGCCUGUACUGACACAUACUAUAUUGGUCUCAGUGUGCUGGCCAACGAUGGAGCAAUUUGUUCAAUUAUCUUUAUGCUUCUGCUAAUCUCCUAUGUUGUCAUUCUGCACUCCCUGAAAAACCUGAGUCAGGAAGGGAGGCACAAAGCAUUAUCCACCUGUGGCUCCCACAUCACAGUGGUCAUUCUCUUCUUUGUUCCUUGUAUUGUUCUAUUUGUGAGACCUCCUUUUACCUUGCCCACUGAUAAAUACUUAGCUGUGUUUUACACUGUUAUCACUCCUAUGCUAAACCCUAUCAUCUAUACUCUGAGAAAUGCAGAGAUAAAAAUUGCCAUGAAGAAUCUCUGGACUAGAAAAUAA